GGAGGCGGGCAGGUCUCGAGUUGUGCCCCUUUUCGUUUGGGAGAGUCAGAAAGACGCAGGAGCGGGCAAUGGCUGCGGCUGUGGCGCUGGAGCAGCUUUGUGACAACGAAGAAUACGGAAAGGCUUCCUCUAAGUAGCUGUUUCAAUCAGCUGUGGUUUAUUCCAGUAUAUCCACUACUCUAACAAAUAGAGUCAGCACAAGUGCCGUUAUUAUAAGCACGAUCAUGUUGUCUUAGCAUAGUUUAUUUUAAUCAGUGGUCAUAAAUAUCUUCAGUAUUUAAUAAGGUGUAUAAUAACACAGUGUACCUUAAGGCAGCACUGUAAGGUGUGGAGCAAAGGUUUACAUAUUCGCUGGGAGGGCUGAUAACAUCCACUUCCCCGGGUCUGGUUCGUCAAGAUGCGUGGUGCGCUCAGACUCUCCAUCUCCCUUGGCUCCCUGGGGUUGCUGCGGCUUCUUGCAGCCCCUUGGUCCUGGAGCCUGGCAGCCAGCUUUGGCAUCUACCUUGGCACAGGGGGCUGGAGGUAUCUUUAUGUGGUGGCCCGCACUGCGAAGAGGGACCUCAAUGGCCUCUACGUGCUACUGCGGGUGAAGAUAGCACUUUAUCAACACACGCGCAAAAGGAACACCAUUCCCUCAAUCUUCGCCCAGACGGUUGUGCGGUGCCCAGACAAGCCAGCGCUGGUGUAUGAUGCCACGGGUGAGACCUGGACCUUCACCCAGCUGGACCAGCUGUCAAAUGCUGUGGCCCACUGGGCAUUGCUCCAGGGUUGGGUCUCUGGUGACGUGGUAGCCAUCUUCAUGGAGAGUCAGCCCCUGCUCGUGGCCCUCUGGCUGGGCCUGGCCAAGGUGGGCGUGGAGGCUGCACUCAUCAACUUCAACCUACGUCGUGACUCAUUGAAACACUGUGUGGGCGUGUCUGGUGCCAGGGGCAUCGUGUUUGGGGCGGAGCUGGUAGAUGCUAUGCUGGAGGUGAGUGUGUCCUUUGGACAGUCCAUGGUUCGUUUCUGUGCAGGGCAGCUGGGUUCGGACACUAUGACCUCCCUGCUGGCUGAGCCCCUGGAGCCCAUGCUGGCCUCUGCCCCCAGAACACCGCCCCCCUGCACCAACAGCAAGAGCUUCAGUGAUAGACUCUUCUACAUCUACACUUCUGGCACCACUGGAUUGCCCAAGGCCGCCAUCGUGGUUCACAGUCGGUAUUACCGCAUCGCUGCCUUUGGCUACUAUGCCUUCCGGAUGCGCCCUGAUGAUGUCGUCUACGACUGCCUGCCCCUGUACCACUCGGCAGGAAACAUUAUGGGCGUGGGCCAGUGUCUCAUCCAUGGGCUCACAGUGGUCGUGAAGAAGAAGUUCUCUGCCAGCCGCUUCUGGGAGGACUGCAUUAAGUACAACUGCACGGUGGUGCAAUACAUCGGGGAAAUCUGCCGGUACUUGCUGGCGCAGCCAGUGCGGCCCUGCGAGAAACAGCACGGUGUGCGCCUAGCGGUGGGCAAUGGGCUGCGGCCUAGCGUGUGGGAGGCCUUCACCACGCGCUUCUGUGUCCCCCACAUCGGCGAGUUCUACGGCGCUACUGAGUGCAACUGCAGCAUCGCCAACAUGGACGGCAAGGUAGGAGCAUGUGGAUUCAACAGCCGCAUCCUGCCCAACGUGUACCCCAUCCGGCUGGUGAAGGUGGACGAGGCAAGCAUGGAGCUGAUUCGGGACCGGCGCGGCCUCUGCGUGCCCUGCCGCCCAGGUGAACCGGGGCUGUUGGUGGGCAGGAUCUGCCAGGAGGACCCCCUACGGCGCUUCGACGGCUAUGCCAGUCAGGAGGCUACCAAGAAGAAGAUUGCACACAACGUCUUUCAGAAGGGCGACUCUGCCUACCUCUCUGGAGACGUCCUUGUCAUGGACGAGCUGGGCUACAUGUACUUCCGUGACCGGAGCGGGGACACCUUCCGCUGGAAGGGCGAGAAUGUUUCCACAACGGAGGUGGAAGGCACCCUGAGCAGCCUGCUAGGCCAGGCGGAUGUGGCUGUCUAUGGGGUCAAUGUACCAGGUGUGGAGGGGAGGGCGGGCAUGGCAGCCAUCACCGAUGGCUCAGGCCGCUUUGACUGUGAGACUUUCCUGCGAGAGGUGCAGGGGGCACUGCCCCCUUAUGCCCGACCCGUCUUUCUGCGCAUCUCCACCCACAUGGACACCACAGGAACGUUCAAAAUCCAGAAGACGCGACUACAGAGGGAAGGAUUUGACCCACGGCAAUCCUCUGACCACAUCUACUUCCUGAACUCCCGUGCGGGGCGGUACGAACCCAUCACCACCGAGCUGUACGGCUGCAUCAUAGCUGGGGCGGUGCCUUUAUGAUGUGGGCCUCCCAUCCAGUUACUCAUCAGCAGCCCUGGAAUCAUGGGAUUGAUUUGCACAGCGGGGCUAUGGAGUACUAGAGGAGCUUAGUACUAAUAGUACUGUUAGAGCGAUUAAUACAACCUUAAAGAUUAGCAGUGUUGUAAUUUCUAAUAUGAACGUGAUUGGGUAAGGAGGUCAACUGUGAUAGUCAGCGGUGGGGACAGUACACGGUUUCGGAGGGAGGCGUGUCAUGCAAUGGGACCUCAGUUACCGCAAAGGAGCAAAGCUGGGGCGGCCAGUCGGGCGCGAGCUCCACCUGCUGCAGAAUCACAUGACCUGUUUUGUGUUUAAGGCAGUAUCUGCAGCCCAGCCUGCCAUGUGUUUUUCCUACUGGAGGCAUUUCACUUUACACCCCCCCCCCACCCAUUGAGUCAGUUUAAUGCAUUGUCAUGGUAUUUGCAAACAAACGCAUUUUGCCGAGCCGGUCAGGACUUUAUUUCACUUCAGAUUGUGAACCCCCUCCCCACACUGUCACUCAAACUGCAGUGUGCCAGACAAAGAUUUUGAACUGCAACUCAACAGGGUAAAAACAAAGAUAAAGUUCAGACUGCUCCUGCAGCUGCCUGUGCUUCGGUCGCUGUGGGUUGCAGGCUGUUGGCCAUAUUUGGCGGCUCCCUGCAGUGCCUGCAUGGUGCUGAGCUCCCACAGGUGGCACCGUGACUCCCAGAACCCUGUGUCACCUUCAUGAUUUCCUGCUCUAAACUGAUGGUUCUGUCAGAUGGUACCAUACCAAGCACCACACAUUGUAGAAAUUGGUGUCUCAUACUGAACCUAGUGCCUUUACUGCACCAGGAAGUGCCUAGUAUAAGAGGUAACAUGACUGCAAAGUAUGGUUUUAAGUAAAUGUGCUGUACUGAUUUGUGGUUCUUGUGUGCACAGAUCCCUUGCUGAGAUCUGUUGCAAUGAUGUGAAAAACACAGCUGUCUGUAGCAUGGAGGUGAUGGACAUUUAGAAGGUGUGAGUUUCUGGUUGUGAGAUUUUGGGGCUGUUCUUUCCAUGGAUCCCCCAUGCUGUGUGUAGAAAGAUCGUUUUUUUGGCAGCAAUGCGUAGACAUUUAAAUGGAUGUGGAGUGAAUCUCAUUCUCUUAGUGAAUGUUAACAACCUACUCUGUUUUGGGAGGUCGGGAGAUGGGCCCUGAUAGGUGGUGGAUUAUGGAAUUUGCCAAAAAAAUCUUUUCUUGCAAGGGUCAUUAAAAUCUAUACUAUUCUUUAAUA